AUGAGUGACCGUCUUCGAUCACCCGCCACCUCGCAUCUCAGUAGCUGCGUACCCUAUGUGGAGCAAUUCCUUUCAGAGAGAAGGCGGGGAUACAAAGAGAAUCUCGUGACGGAGUUGACGUCCUGCAAGCCUAAGAGCGGUUACGGAUCCUCACCUCCGUAA